AUGGCGAUGGGCAAAAGGAAGGAGCCAGAACCUCUCAGAGCUCUCGUCACUAAAAAAAAACGUGGUAGCAUUAGCGUCAAUAAAACCGGAAGGGGUGGUGGUAGCGGUGCGAUACGCGGUGGUGGAACUAGGGGUCGAGGCAGUAGAGGAAUUGGUGGUCGUAAACCAAGCAUACCUCGUCAACAUCCCUCCGGUGUCAAAUUCCAAGAGAUACCGGAAGGUGCAGGUCUAUACUCAGCUGCAAGCACACCGGCAUCGAGUACCGCACCCUCGACACCUCGUGAAUCGUUCGUAUCCUCUGUUCCUCAGACACCGGGUGAAGAAAUAGAUCAAUACAUUUUACGUGAAGAAGAAAUCACCGAUCAAGAUUUAACGAGAACGAAUAAGGACAGCGGUAUCAGGACCGAAGCAUUUUCACCGGAGCAAACAGAACGGUUCGAGGUGUACAGACGUUCUGCCUUGAGUAAGCCAAACAUCAAGAAGGCCCUAAGCGAUAGCGUGAUUCCGGAACGAGUGAAUACACUUCUAAAAUUAGGAACACAUGCUACUUUGGACGACAGAGUGCGAAAAGUUGCUGGUGAAAGCAUGGUAAUUGCUAGGGUUUAUAUUGAAAAUUUUUUCCGCGUUAA